AUGGAGGGGGUUCCUCAAAUGUUGGAAGAUGGAACUACUACCUCUUCUUCUGUCAAUACUGAUUGGCAACAUUGGGUGGUGAUGCGUGGGAACCAGUCUGUGACGGAUGCAGAUGUUAGGGGUAUAGGAAAAGAUAUUGGUCUCGAUUUUUCGGAUGUGACUCAGAAUAGGUUUGCGGUGUUACUUGGAGAAGAUAAGGGUGUGAAGUCAGAAUUUUAUUUGUUCUAUGUGUAUGCUCCGUGCGGUCUUCGGGAAAAAGAGGCAUUGUGGGCAUCUUUAUCUGCACAAUUGAUGUUGUUAAGGGGUAAACGAGUGUGUGUUUGUGGUGAUUUUAAUGUUGUUCGGAGCACAGACGAAAGACUCUCCGUUAGGGGAGAAAAUGCGUCAAACGAUCACGUGGCAUUUAAUUCUUUUGUUGAAGAUAAUGUGUUUCUUGAUUUACCACUCCUUGGAUGGAGUUUUACUUGGUUUAAAGGUGAUGGCAGUUCUAUGAGUCGCAUCGACAGAUUUUUGUUGUCUGAGGAGUGGUGUUUUCAUUGGCCUAAUUGCGUUCAAACAGCGUUGCUGAGGGGUAUCUCUGAUCAUUGUCCUCUUCUCUUGUCGGUGGAUGAGGAGAAUUGGGGACCCUGGCCUAAUCGUAGGUUAAAGUGUUGGCAAGAUGUUCCGGGUUACAAACAAUUUGUGUCUGAUAAGUGGAAGUCGUUACAAGUUGACGGCUGCGGGGGAUCUUUAAACGAUAAGCAAGCAGCGUUGGAUGAAAAAGGGGAGCAGGAGACUCUGUCGGCCACUGAAAUUGAAGAAUUGCAUGUCGUGUCCUCUGACAUUCACUCUUUGGCUCAUGCAAAUACAAGCAUAGCCUGGCAACAAUCUCAGCUUCAAUGGCUUCGAGAAGGGGAUGCGAACUCAAAAUAUUUUCAUUCUGUUCUUUUGGGUCGGCGGCGUCGCAAUCAAUUGCAAUCCAUUGUUGUUGAUGGGGCGGUGGUGGAGGGAGUUCACCCUGUUCGCCAAGCUAUUUUCUCACACUUUGCAAAUCAUUUCAAGAAGGGUGGGAUGCCUAGCAUAGCCCUGCACAACCUUACGUUUAAGACGUUGAGUUAUUCGGAGGGUAGGGGCCUCACCAGGCCUUUCUCAGAAGAAGAGGUGAAGGCGGCGAUGUGGGAUUGUGACAGUUAA